CGCGGCCGACGCGCUACGGCGAUCCCUCCGCGGGUGGGAGUCCUUCGGUAACGCGGGGAACUAUUUCGAGACAGCAAGAGGGGCGGCGUUGGCGGCGGCCAUGAUGGGUGUCAGCGGCGACGAGUAGCGACGUUAACGCUCGCGCUCUCCGCUCCGCCGCAGUCCGCUCCUCGCUCGGUCAGUCGGUUUUUCCGCGCUUCGACGAAUUGAUGCCGAGCAUCUCACCGGGCGGGACAGAGAGAGAGGCGCACACGACGACGACGACGACGACGACCCGGGGGGCACCGGAUCGAGUGAGGCUCGAGGGAGCGAGUGAACGUGCGAGAGGGCUUGCACGCGAGUCGCGAGAGAUCGCGCGUAUUCUCUAGCCGCGCGCACGGGGGCUCAAAAAACCGCACCACGGCGGGGACGGCAGAGAACUUCGCCACGGCGGACUCUCCGGAAUCCACGGCGAAAAUGACGCAGCUACUACCUAUAAGGUUUCAGGAACACCUGCAGCUUACGGCUGUAGGUAUUAACGCCAGCAAUGUCAGCUUUAACACCCUCACUAUGGAGUCUGACAAGUUCAUCUGUGUCAGGGAGAAGGUGGGCGAUACCGCCCAGGUAGUGAUCAUCGACAUGAACGAUUCCGCCAAUCCCAUCAGGAGACCGAUAUCCGCUGAUUCCGCAAUUAUGAAUCCCGCUAGUAAAGUCAUCGCUCUGAAAGCCAUGAAGACGCUUCAGAUCUUCAACAUCGAGAUGAAGUCGAAGAUGAAGGCUCACACAAUGACGGAGGACGUGGUCUUUUGGAAAUGGAUAUCGUUGAACACGCUGGCACUGGUGACGGAGACCGCGGUGUACCACUGGUCCAUGGAGGGCGACUCGACGCCGAACAAGAUGUUCGAGCGUCACUCGUCGUUGAACGGCUGCCAGAUCAUCAAUUACCGGACGGAUCCGAAGCAGACGUGGCUGCUGUUGAUCGGCAUCUCGGCGCAGCACAACCGCGUGGUCGGCGCGAUGCAGCUCUACUCGGUGGAGCGGAAGUGCUCGCAGCCGAUCGAGGGACACGCCGCCUCGUUCGCCCAGUUCAAGAUGGAGGGUAACGGGGAGCCCAGCAACCUGUUCUGCUUCGCCGUCAGAACGGUCCAGGGCGCGAAGCUUCACAUCAUCGAGGUGGGCCAGCCGCCCGCCGGCAACCAUCCGUUUCCCAAGAAAGCGGUGGACGUGUUCUUCCCACCCGAGGCCGGCAACGACUUCCCCGUCGCCAUGCAAGUCAGCUCCAAGUACGACGUCAUAUAUCUAAUCACGAAGUACGGUUAUAUACAUAUGUACGAUAUCGAGUCCGCGACCUGUAUAUUUAUGAAUCGUAUCUCGGGAGAGACGAUCUUCGUCACCGCGCCGCACGAGGCGUCCGGCGGUAUAAUAGGGGUGAAUCGGAAGGGCCAGGUCCUGUCCGUCUCCGUGGACGAGGAGAACAUAAUCCCGUACAUCAACGGCGUGCUGCAGAAUUCGGAACUGGCGCUGAGAAUGGCCGUGAGGAACAAUCUGUCGGGCGCGGAGGAUCUGUUCGUGAGGAAAUUCAACAUGCUCUUUCAGAACGGUCAGUACGCGGAGGCGGCGAAGGUCGCCGCCAACGCUCCCAAGGGAAUACUCAGAACGCCCGCGACCAUCCAGCGAUUUCAGCAGGUCCCCGCUACUCAGGGCCAAACAUCUCCCCUCCUACAGUACUUCGGCAUUCUUCUGGAUCAGGGACAGCUGAACAAGUACGAGUCGUUGGAGCUGUGUCGGCCGGUGCUGGUGCAGGGACGUAAACAGCUGCUGGAAAAGUGGCUGAAGGAGGACAAGCUGGAGUGCAGCGAAGAGUUGGGAGAUCUGGUGAAGCAGGCGGAUCCCACGUUGGCGCUCAGCGUUUAUCUGAGAGCCAACGUCCCCAACAAGGUCAUCCAGUGCUUCGCGGAGACCGGGCAGUUUCAGAAGAUCGUGCUGUACGCCAAGAAGGUCUCGUACACGCCCGACUACAUAUUCCUCCUACGGAACGUCAUGAGGAUCAAUCCCGACCAGGGUGUCGCGUUCGCGCAGAUGCUGGUUCAGGACGACGAGCCGUUGGCCGACAUCAAUCAGAUCGUCGAUAUAUUUAUGGAGCAGAACAUGGUGCAGCAGUGCACGGCGUUCCUGCUGGACGCGCUGAAGAACAAUCGGCCGAGCGAGGGUGCCUUACAGACCCGUCUCUUAGAGAUGAAUUUAAUGUCCGCCCCGCAAGUGGCUGACGCUAUAUUGGGCAAUCAAAUGUUUACCCAUUACGACCGAGCUCACGUCGCGCAAUUGUGCGAGAAGGCCGGCCUGCUGCAACGCGCCCUCGAGCACUACACAGAUUUGUAUGACAUCAAGCGAGCGGUGGUGCACACGCAUUUGCUCUCGCCCGACUGGCUCGUGGGUUUCUUCGGCACUCUGUCCGUGGAGGAUUCCCUCGAGUGCCUGAAGGCCAUGUUAACGGCCAACAUACGGCAGAACUUGCAAAUCUGCAUACAGAUCGCGACCAAGUAUCACGAGCAAUUGACGACUAAAGCGCUGAUAGAUCUAUUCGAGAGUUUCAAGUCUUACGAGGGCCUGUUCUACUUCUUGGGAUCCAUCGUGAAUUUCAGCCAGGACCAAGAGGUGCACUUCAAGUACAUCCAGGCGGCGUGCAAGACCGGCCAGAUCAAGGAAGUGGAGCGUAUAUGUCGGGAGAGCAACUGCUACAAUCCGGAGCGCGUGAAGAACUUCCUGAAGGAGGCGAAGCUGUCCGAUCAGUUGCCUCUGAUAAUCGUGUGCGACCGAUUCGACUUCGUUCACGACCUCGUUCUCUACCUUUAUCGCAAUAACCUGCAGAAGUACAUCGAGAUAUACGUCCAGAAGGUGAAUCCGUCGCGUCUACCGGUGGUCGUGGGCGGUCUGCUGGACGUCGACUGCUCGGAAGACAUCAUCAAGAAUCUGAUACUGGUGGUGCGCGGACAAUUCUCCACCGACGAGCUGGUCGAGGAGGUGGAAAAGAGGAACCGGCUGAAGCUGCUGCUGCCGUGGCUGGAGUCCCGCGUUCACGAGGGCUGCGUGGAGCCGGCUACGCACAACGCCCUGGCCAAGAUCUACAUCGACAGCAACAACAAUCCGGAACGAUUUCUCAAGGAGAAUCAAUUCUACGACAGCAGAGUCGUCGGCAAGUACUGCGAGAAGCGCGAUCCCCACUUGGCGUGCAUCGCGUACGAGCGCGGCCAGUGCGACCGCGAGCUGAUAAGCGUGUGCAACGAGAACAGCCUGUUCAAGAGCGAGGCCCGAUAUCUAGUGAGACGUCGAGAUCCCGAUCUUUGGGCGGAGGUGCUGUUGGAGAGCAAUCCGUACAAGCGGCCAUUAAUCGAUCAAGUUGUUCAAACGGCGUUAUCCGAGACGCAGGAUCCCGAAGAUAUCUCGGUUACCGUCAAGGCUUUCAUGACGGCCGACCUGCCUAACGAGUUGAUCGAGCUGCUCGAGAAGAUAGUGCUGGACAGCAGCGUGUUCAGCGACCACCGUAACUUGCAGAAUCUCUUGAUAUUAACAGCCAUCAAGGCCGAUCGUACGCGCGUCAUGGAAUACAUUAAUCGCUUGGAUAAUUACGACGCCCCAGAUAUCGCCAACAUUGCUAUUAACAAUGAGCUUUACGAGGAAGCUUUCGCGAUCUUCAAGAAAUUUGACGUCAACACAUCGGCUAUCCAGGUUCUAAUUGAACAGGUCGGCAACUUGGACAGAGCUUACGAGUUCGCAGAAAGAUGCAACGAGCCGCCGGUAUGGUCGCAGCUCGCCAGGGCUCAGCUGCAGCAGGGUCUGGUUAAGGAGUCGAUCGACAGCUUCAUCAAAGCGGACGACCCGUCCGCGUACAUGGACGUGGUGGAGACGGCGCAUCGCACCUCACACUGGGAGGACUUGGUUCGCUAUCUCCAAAUGGCCCGCAAGAAGGCACGCGAGUCCUACAUCGAGAGCGAAUUGAUAUACGCGUACGCGCGGACCAACAGGCUUGCGGAUCUCGAGGAGUUUAUAUCUGGCCCUAACCACGCCGACAUACAGAAGAUUGGCGAUAGAUGUUUCGACGACAAGAUGUACGACGCCGCGAAGCUCCUCUACAACAACGUGUCGAACUUCGCGCGUCUAGCUAUAACGCUGGUCCAUCUGAAGGAGUUCCAAGGCGCCGUCGACAGCGCGCGCAAGGCCAACUCGACGCGCACCUGGAAGGAGGUCUGUUUCGCCUGCGUGGACAGCGGCGAAUUCCGCCUGGCCCAAAUGUGCGGCCUGCACAUAGUCGUGCACGCGGACGAGCUCGAGGAUCUGAUCAAUUACUAUCAAGAUCGCGGGCACUUCGAGGAGCUCAUUAAUCUUCUGGAGGCCGCUCUGGGACUCGAACGGGCUCACAUGGGAAUGUUUACCGAGCUAGCUAUACUCUACAGUAAAUACAAGCCUCAACGAAUGAGGGAACAUCUGGAACUCUUCUGGUCGCGCGUCAAUAUACCGAAGGUGCUACGCGCAGCGGAACAAGCGCAUUUGUGGGCCGAGUUGGUGUUCCUGUACGACAAGUACGAGGAGUACGACAACGCGGUCCUCGCGAUGAUGCAGCAUCCUACCGAGGCUUGGCGGGAGGGUCACUUCAAAGACGUAAUCACCAAAGUCGCGAACGUCGAGCUUUACUAUAAGGCUAUACAGUUUUACGUGGAAUUUAAACCCCUACUUCUGAACGAUAUACUGCUCGUGCUCGCACCGCGCAUGGAUCAUACCAGAUCGGUGGCGUAUUUCACGCGAACCGACCAUCUGCAGCUGGUGAAGCCGUACCUGAGAUCGGUUCAGGCUCUCAACAACAAAGCCAUCAACGAAGCCUUAAACGGCUUGCUGAUCGACGAAGAGGAUUACCAAGGUCUCCGAACAUCGAUCGACGCGUUCGAUAAUUUUGAUAAUAUCGCGUUAGCGCAGCAGCUCGAGAAACACGAAUUGAUCGAGUUCAGGAGAAUCGCCGCAUACCUGUACAAGGGUAACAACAGAUGGAAGCAGUCCGUGGAGCUUUGCAAGAAGGAUCGACUAUUUAGGGAUGCCAUGGAAUACGCGGCGGAAUCCCGGAAUCCAGAGGUCGCUGAAGAAUUACUCGAGUGGUUCCUGGAAAGGGGAUCGAAGGACUGCUUCGCAGCAUGCCUAUUUCAUUGUUACGAUUUACUUCAUCCGGACGUCAUCUUGGAGCUCGCAUGGAGACAUCGCAUUUUACAUUUCGCAAUGCCGUAUCUUAUACAAGUCGCGCGGGAAUAUAUCACUAAGGUCGAUAAAUUAGAAGAGGCCGAAAGCCGACGCAUGGAAGAAGGUGAUCAUCAGGAACAUAAGCCUAUGAUUAUGCCGGAACCUCAGCUAAUGCUGACCGCGGCGCCAGGAAUGAUGGCACCCGGCUACACGCCUCAAAACGUAUACGGUACACCCGCACAAGUGUACGCGUCCACCGCAGCCUACCAAGGUUACGGUAUGUGAGAUACAUUUAAGGAGACAGAUCAACAAAGUCUACUUUUCUAUAAAGUUUAGGUAGAACGAGAUUGUUUUUGUUAGCUUAAAUAUCGUCAAAGCGAAUGCGAAUGAAUAUCAUAUUAGAAAAACGAUGAAUUGCCACGUUUAGAUCAUGAUAAAUAGUGUAACGAAUAGCGAAAUGUGCGUUGAGAGAAAGGCAUUAAUACGCUAUCACACGCUACCUAAAUGUGAAUCUGUAAUUUAUAUAGGGGAGACGUCGAGCAAACAGAGUUAUAUUUCACGGUUUAAAUAGCUAUUCCAACGCGGAGAUUUUUGCGUGAAAAAGAUUGAAAGAAUUAUAUAUUAUUUAAAAAAAAAAAAGACUACGAAAACAUGGAAAAAAUUUUUUUCUCUUUUUUUUUUUAAAUGCGAUUUAUCAAGAUUUUUCCAUUGAAUUUAUCGUUGCACAAUAAAAGAAGAUAUAUGUACGUUGUGUGAGCAAAGUAAUAAUUUCCCUGUCUUUUACCGGCACAUGUAUAUAUGUGUGCGUCUACGUGCCUUUCUUUUGGCUACUAACAGGAAGCAAGCUUUUUUGGGCAGUAUCGUAAUUCGGAAGCAAAAUCAACUGUAGAUCAACUCGAUUACAUCGUGAUUUCAUGUACAGAUUAUUCGGCGCUUGCUUGUUUAUUUUUUUCUUUUUUUUCGGUGAAAUUUCUCUCAAUCUCACCACAUGUGUAAACAUGCCUUUUUGGAGGUCGGUCCUUUUCUUUUUCUUUCACCUUCGAAACAUUCUAGCGUGUGAUGAAUCACGAGUGAUGAAAUAAGGAGCCCUUGCAAAAUUGCAACUUGUAAUAAGAGCAUCUUUUUAGAGAUCGGGGUAGAUCGCGUAUCGUUGUAUCAGUAUUGUAACGACGAGAUCCGAAGAUGGGGAAGGGAAAAAAAAACUGUAGGCAUCUCAGAAUAUGUUUUUGGCGUACCUAUAAUACAACAUAUUGCAUCGUUCUAGAUCUACCUAUAUGUACAUUUGCUUGAAUGCAUAAAUACGAAAGACACGCGUGUCAUCGCCACACACAAAUCAGGCUUGAUUUUUGCGUAAACGCGAAUGAAUCGUAAAGUAAAUUAUUAGAACAGCGAAAUUGAAACGGCAAGACCUUAUUGUCUCACUAAUAAACGUGCAACUGAAAUGCAUAAAGUAGUUUGCCCGCGAUCUGCAUCAUGUAUCAUGCUUUUGACCUUUCGUUGUUAAUUGCGUAAGACGACUAAUUACAGACAACUGGAGGUUUCCCGAGAGGAAUACAUUAAAGAUAAUUUGAUAACAAAGUCCAGCACGACAUCGUCCACUGUUCACCGUCGUUCGUACCAUAGACGUAACCAGGUCGUAUUACGUCUGUGGUUCGUACCGUACCAUAGUUCGUACAUACCAUAGUUUUUUUUUUUGUAAUAUUUUCUACUCGUUUCGCAUCUAAUGUGUGUGUGUGCAUAAUAUCUCUUAUUCGAGGUUACUGAUCGUUAAUCAUUAUGUAGCUUGUUUACGGACUACGGACCUAAAUUUAUGCGAGUAUUAAGGUAAAUUAGAUCACGAUAUUUCUAGGAACACGACAGAGUCAUGUUUUGUUAAAACACUUGUGUGUUUCUCUUUUUUCCCUUUUGAAAUAUUUAUGUCGCAUGUAUAAAGUACCACGCCGAUGCAUCAGGAUCGAAUAGAUGAGGUGCGACAGGCAGCCAAAAAGAAAAAACAGAAAUUAAUUUUUGUGGCACGUCCUACCUUCAACAUUCCUAAGUGUAAGGUAUCGUAUGCUGCGUAAAUUUGUAUCACGUAGAUAUCUCGUCUUUUUCUUUGUUUUCGUCAUUACACCUCGACGUAUUAUAGUAUAUGUAGUCUUUUCAUUUCAAAGUGCGAAAAGCGAAAGUUUAUACCAGCGAAAAAAAAGAUCGCAUUACUACUAUGUCCAAGAGAAUUUGUAUUACGUAAAAAAGAGCGAACGCACGCUCGUCUCAUUCUCUGUCGUCUUCUCCAUCGCGCGAGACUUUCGUUUUUCUCCUGUUUUUUCUUUUGGUACUCCACAGUUGAUCUUGCAGUGAUCCAGCUGUAUAUAUUACAUAUUAAAAAAAAAAUGUUAUGUCGAGAGAGAAGGUCAGUAACAUGCCCUGGUACUAUAUUUCACUUUGAAACUAAAUCUUAGCCAAAUGAAAUUGUAGAGAACGAUUAACGAAUAUAGUUGUUGUACUAAUUGAAGAUAAUUAUCAUUGUAUCAGUGUCAUGUUUGACCACUGCGGUUUUAAUGGAACAUGGGUGAAACACACUUCCAGAAUAAAAGAAAAAGAUACAUUAUUGUUCAAUAGUUAUGCACACCUUUCCAUAUAAACACACGCGACACAAAGAGAUUUACACGUAUACAUACAUUAUAUAUAUAAAAAUAUAUAAUGCUAUAUUAUAUAUAUACGACUAUAUAUAAAUAAUGUACCAUGUAAGUAGUAAAUAUACAUUACCAAUCCUGUAAUUGUAAUAUCCUAUGAUAAUAAUCUGCAAAGGAACGCUGAAAGAUAUGAAGAAAUAAAAUAAUUCUAACAUCUA